ACAAAAAUCUAUUGCAAAAUCCAAACUUUAGAGACCCUAGCGAUUUGGUGUGUCUUCCUAUGUUUAUUCUGUGAAUGGCGCUUUGGAAUCAUACAAUUACAAAUCAAUCGCAACAGCGUUUAUCAUCGUCGUUUCACCCAAAUUGAACCGAAAUCUUCCUCAUUUCAAUGGGUCUGAUACAUGUGAAAUGUGAUUGAUGGCAUAAUCUUGGAAACAGAACACAAGGUGUAUGUAUAAUGGAGCUUGAUUUGAAUCGGGAGCUUGAUUUGAAUCAGGAGCCUUUGGACCCACCUCAUGCUUCUGCAGAUGGAUUUGAUUCUUUGUUGGAAGAACUAGAAUCUGCUCAUGAACAUGUGCAAGACCGCAUUAGGCACCUUGAAGUGAUAACUUCCAGAGCCAGGCAGCGUCAGAGGUGGCCACCGGUUCACACUCCGAUCCAAAUAACCAAUUUUACCGGACAAGCUGCAGAGCCAGCUGAUGCUCAAGAUGAAGGAAUGGAGCACCAGGAAGUUGAGGAAAGUGUAGUUGAAAGUGAGAAAGGGUGCAAAAGGAAAGGUGCCCAUUUAAUAGCUAAAGCAUUGGGGAUUGAAACAGAUGCAAGUAAGGAAGAGGGAAGCACUGGAAAUUUUUUUGAUUGCAAUAUCUGCUUCGGCAUGGCAAGAGAUCCUGUGUUGACCUGCUGUGGUCACUUGUUUUGUUGGCCAUGCUUCUAUCAGUUGGCAUAUGUCUAUUCAAAUGCAAAGGAGUGCCCUGUUUGUAAAGGAGAGGUCACUGAAACUGGAAUUAUUCCUAUCUAUGGCAAUGCAAGUGCCAGUGCCAAUUGUGAGUUGGGAUUAAAAGGGGCUGGUUUGAGAGUUCCUCCCCGACCUGUUGCACCCAGAAUUGAGAGUUUUAGGCAGCAGCUAAUAAGCCAGGGAGCAUCUUCUUCUGUGAUCCAAAGUAUCCGGCGGUUUAAUUACCUUAUUGGUGGGUUAGGAGCGCGAGUUCAGUCACAAAGCCCCAUUGCUGUAAGUGUAUCUGAUAGAAACAACAGUUUGCUCACUCAAUAUCGCCUGCAGAAUGUUAAUGAUCGCGGUACUGGUUCCUCUCCGAUUUCAUCCUUGUUAGUGCAAGGUGCUGCUUCAUUUUCUUCCCUCUCAUCAGCGUUAAAUUCUGCAAUGGAUUCUGCUGAAAGAUUAGUUGAGGACCUUGAGUUAUAUAUUCAUGAUCACCAAGUAGGAGGUAGCGGGCAGUUAAACCUCCGCGAUGUCAAUAGAAAUUCAACUGAUAAUGGGAAUGUUGCUGCAGCUGGUUCCUCAGUUGCAGCUUCUACAUUUCCUUUUAGUAGGGAUUUUAAUGCUACUGCUGAUAUUGGCUCAGAAAUCCAGACAACAGAUAGUAACAUACAGACUGAGACUGCUCCAUUUGACCCUUCUUCAUCUCACAGCAGAAGCACUCGUGUUUCAACUUCAAGAAGAGUUUCAAAUGAGCGCAGAAGAAGGAGGGCAAGAUGAAAGGUCUUUUAUGUAAGGAGAUGUAAAUCGAAUUGCCAGAAGGUUCCCAGGUUAUAUGAAAGCUACAAUUUGUUUGUCAUACAAAAUUUUCUCUCUUUUAGCAAUUGGUGUGUAUAAAAUAUAAGCAACCAUUUUAAGCUAUUUAUGUGGUGUAACCAAUUUUUAUUCAAUAGAUGGGAGGAUGUUUACAGAAAUUUAUCAGGAUAUAUAUUUCUUUUUCAUUAA